GUAUAUAUACCCAAGAGAUCAGGGAAGAGGCCAACCCCUGCUGUAGAGGAAGGCAAGCCCCCCAGCGGGCACCAGCUGACCAUUGGGGCAAAAUUCUUUCCUGACUUGAAAUAUUGUGAUAGGUCUGACUCCGUGGAGGGGCAGGACCCUUUAGCCAAAAAACUGGCUGUUGUUCCAGCAGGAGCAUUGGCACAGACCAGUCAAAGGUCCCCAGCCUUUGCCAACACUCAGUGCCUCUGAGUAAGGUGAACAAACAGGGACAUCUGUAGCAGAAGGACAGGGGCAGGUUGGUGGGGACAGCCAGCAAAGCCCAGAAGAAUGGGAAUUGCCCAUAGUAGACCAUAGUUUUAUAUCCCACGCAUAUGCAUACGUAAUGAUACAUGCAUGUAUAACUUGUAUAUAAAUAAUGUAGGAGUGAUGUAGUAGCCAUAAUCCAGAAAUUAUGAGGGGCAAGUAUUUGUUAGGGUGAUCUCUUUUAUCAGACCAACUAUGUUGUUAGGAUGAAGUUAGAUAAGCUUUCAAAUGUAAGGCAUGCUUCCUCAGGGACCUCACAUUCAAAAGCUUGACUAACUUUACCCCAGCAAUAUAUUUGGUCCAAUAAAAGAUACCAGUCUAAGAAAUCCGUGCCUCUCACAUAUGUUAUAAAUCAUAGUUAUUUUCAUGGGCUUGUAGAGAUUGAAGAGACCCAAGUGCAUAGCAGCUACUUGUCCAUAGUUGGUAUAUGUUGGUGCAAUCUAGAUUACGCACCUAGUCCUGCAGUCUGUUAGCCCAGGGGAAAGGGUGUAAAAAUGUUUUAACCUGAGGCUAUGCAGAAAAAAGAAAACAAUCCUUCACAUGGUAACCACAUUGGUACAGCUGUAAGGUGGCAAGACAUCCUUAGGCAAUGAUUUAGCAAGUGGUGUACAAUUGCUGGAAAGGGCAUAUUAAUAUACACCCCCACACAUCCCUUUUUAAUACAGGAUGUUGAAAACCAAACAGUAGGUUUGCAGCUGGCAAAGGGUUUUGAUUGCAUCCCAAAUGUGCAUUAAAGACCUGACAGAAGCAGUAUGAGAAGAAAAAAUGGUUAAUCGUUUUAACAUCUGUUCUUUUCUGAUGUGCAAUAUUCCCUCUGUUCUGUCAUUUAUUGCUUUUAAAAUAUUGGCAUUUUAAUUGCUGGGGUUCAAAGCAGCCCUUGUCGAAAGCAUUAGGCAUGCAAAUAACCCAAGUAACAGUCCAAGCUGCUUUAGAGUGGGGUUGCAUAAGCUUUUUUUCGGUGGGUCUGAAAGCAUGAAUCUGAGCCUGCUGGGAGGAGGAGCAUUUGCAUCCCACAGGAAGUACUAUGUAAGAGAAGGGGAAGGGAGUUCAGGCUUGUAGCUGCCCAGACUGCUGGACCUUUUAGGUUGUGUCGCUGAAUUAAAAAUCCAACCGAUGCAAGCUGCUUGAGCUUACCAAAAUGUGCAGUCUCAUGAUCCCCAGUUACAAAAUUUCAGCUCCUGUUCAUGUUAAUAGAGGCUUAGAAAAAUAACUGGCUCAGUCUCCUUCAGUCCAGAUCCAGAGACCUCACACAGCUAAUAUACUGGUAUUUUAAGCAGGCUCUUCCUAUUAGACAAACCAAAAAUCCAAUCCAAACUGGCAUCAAUGAGGUGUUAUCCCAUCUGUAAACUUCCAGGAAGAGUUAUGGGAAUCCGACUACUUCAUUUCUCUUCUGUGGUGAUCCUUGUCUUACUCCUUGUGGCAGGUGCCUUAACGGCUUUACUUCCAAAUAUUAAAGAUGACAAAAUGCCCAAUUUGCGAAGGGAGCCAAAAUCCCAGAGCCAAUCUGCCUUGGAUUCAUUUACUCUUAUUAUGCAGACAUACAAUAGAACUGACUUAUUGCUCAAGCUUUUAAAUCAUUAUCAAGCCAUCCCCCACCUGCACAAAGUGAUUGUUGUAUGGAACAAUGUUGGGGAGAAGAUACCAGAGGAAACGUGGAAUUCUUUAGGACCCCAUCCUGUCCCUGUGGUCUUCAAAGUGCAAACUGUGAAUCGCAUGAGGAACAGACUCCAGAUUUUCCCUGAACUGGAAACAAAAGCUGUUUUAAUGAUGGAUGAUGACACACUAAUUAGUGCUCAUGACCUAGCCUUUGCCUUCUCUGUUUGGCAGCAAUUUCCAGAUCAGAUAGUGGGCUUUGUUCCUAGAAAGCACAUUUCCACUCCUUCAGGUAUAUACAGUUACGGCAGCUUUGAAUUGCAGACACCUGGAUUUGGAAAUGGGGAUCAAUACUCAAUGAUUUUGAUAGGUGCAGCAUUCUUCCACAGUGGAUACCUAGAACACUUUCAAAAGGAGCUGGAAGCUGUCCACGCUUUAAUAGAUGAAACACAAAACUGUGAUGAUAUUGCCAUGAAUUUCCUAGUGGCAAAGCACAUUGGAAAGUCUUCAGGAGUAUUUGUGAAGCCUGUUGACAUAAGGAAUUUAGAAAAGGAAACCAACAGUGGUUAUUCUGGAAUGUGGCACCGUGCAGAGCACUUAUUACAAAGGUCUUACUGUCUAAACAAGUUGGUUAAUAUUUAUGAUGGCAUGCCCUUAAAAUAUUCUAACAUUAUGGUUUCUCAGUUUGGUUUCCCUAACUAUGCCAAUCACAAAAAUAAAAUGUAAGGAUGAAAUGUUAAGAGAGUAUGAGUUAAACAUCAAUUAGUGAGUUUAAGUUAGUGUAAAUUAGUGUUUUGGCUGAAAGGCCUGAAGAAGCUAUACAUUACUUCAGCUUGGCCUCCCACACAGACAGCCUCUGAAUUUUGCCCAUAAUACUUUUGCCCGUAACCUUUCUUUUGUUUAAUUUUUCCAGAGUAAGUUGUUACAAAAGCAAAAGAACUCUAUAUAUUUAAUAAUUCAUUUUGAUAACACAAUAUUCUUCCUCUGUUAUUUAAAAAACUCUUACCAUCCAAAUUACAGAGCCAAAUCUUCAAAAGUGCAGGUAGGCAUGAACGUAUGCUUUUUGGAGAUUUUUUUGUUUUGUUUUGUUUCUUUUUAAUGUAAAUACCUAGUUAAAUAAUGUUUUGACAUAUGCUUGUUUUAUGUGUUGAGACUUCUCAACAAUUCUGGUGAAAAAUGUAAAGGGCUCCAGCAAGCUGUUGUGUUAGUCUCUCUUAUUAAUGUUUUUAAAGUUAUAGAAAAAGGAGAGUCUCAAUAUUAAACACAUGUGGAGGCAUUUUCUACAACACCUGCCAGUGCUGAGUUAGUGGAAUGUUAUGUUGCUGAUGCAACCUUUUUCACUAUUAUUCCUUGGCCCACAGUUACUGGGACACCGAUCAGUAGCUGAAAAGCAAAUAUUGUUGAUGGCUAAUUCAGAGAAGAACAUUGAAUGCUUAAUGUAUGAAUCAAAGGAAAUGUAGAUAAUAAAUGUAAGAUAAUUACCAUGUACAGUAGACAUCCAAAACAGACUUGUGCCAUAUUUACUACUUAGUACAGUCUGUAGACUUUACUUCUAUUUCAGUAUUUUGCACAUGCGUUAUGUUAGAAAAAUUUGCCUGAGAAAGCUACUCAUGUUUUUAAGAAUGUUUUCAGUACAGAUAUAUUUUGUGUCUACCCAAUUGUUUUGCAUCUGAUUCAGAAUGUACAUUUUAUAAGUUUACAGGUCAAACAUUAUUUUAAAAUAUUUUAAUUAAAGAUGUUUGCUCCAUUUAUCUCCCCUUUCAAAUGGCAAAGCUAACCAACUUCUGUGACAGUAGAAGAUAAAAUGUCAUGCAUCUAAUGGAUAAACAUUAGGAGGUAUGCUUCAGAGUACAAUCUUGCACUGACCAGAGUUGGGUCUUUUCAACCUGUGAACUCUGUGGCCACACAUGCCCUAAGUAACAAGUCAGUUUCUGAGAGUGUUUGUCAGCUUUGGAUUCCUUAACAGGUAUUGCAGAUACUUGACUGUAAUCAGGAGUGGGUUGGUAACCUACAGUCCUCAGAGGCAUUUUACCCAGCCUGCAAAUUUGGGGCUUCAGAGAUGGGAGCUUUUUCCUGGGACUACAAGAAGAAAUAGUGGUGGCUGCUGGGUCCUAGUGCCCGAUCAUCUGUGUGUGAUCUAAGCUGGGUCAUUCCAGCCCACAACCUAAAAAUGUUGCAAAGUGCUCUUUUAAAUGGUAAGGAAGACAGGACAAAAACCAAUUUAAUAUAGCUACAGAGCAUGUUCUCCAGCUGUGAAGGACAUGAGUGGGUAUAAAGGCACUAUGGCUUUAAGCACUGAUAAAAUUGGAUCACCGGACCAUGGGGGAUCCAAGACUCAUAAUUAAAAAAAUGUUUAGUCUCAUCUACACUAACACUUAGAUCCCCCUGAACCACUACAGAGAGAGAGCUGUGGCAGACAACCACUGUCAGUUAGGAGGAAUCACUUUCCUUCUGCAGAUGUGAUUCCAUCCUUCUAGUAAUAUGUUAGUUGAAUAACAAUGAUGCUUAAAUAACAUCACAGGCUGAUUCUGGGCAUUCUUUUUAUGCUUGUUUUGUCGUUUGUAUUAUAAGGACUUGUUUUAUGUACAAUGCAAUCUUCCUAACUUUAGGGCUUUUAUAAAGUGUAGGUGGCAAAGUGUGUCUUAAUGUGGAGACUUAAAGUCUGCUUACUGCUUUUGUUGUAGUGAUAAAAGUAGCUUUUAAUGAUGACAUCUGUAGUGAUAACCAGUAUACAGAUAAAUAUCUGUGGUCUUUCUAACUGUGUAUUUCCAAUGAUGCAAACCUUCUUACAGUAAUUCAUUGUGCAGUAUUUAACUUAACAGUGCUUCUGUAAUUUCUACUCUGUGCAGUAUCAGCUGGAACUACCAAGACUCACAGAUGGUGUUUAUUUCACUUCUAAAAUAUAAAACAUAUUAUUUACUCUGCCAAAUCUUAGUGGAUUUUUUUCUUUGUUUUGUUUACUCUGUAUUGGUUCAUGAAUUAAUAAACCUUUUAUCA